AGUGACGUAUCAGGAAGUUUACAUACCGACAGGAAACAAGAGGUCAUGUGUGAAUCUCUGUGAACACAUUGAAGUAGACUUUUGAAAUGUCUUCUAUUUUAAUCAAUGCCCUUUUAUCAAGUUGCCAUGAUCCGGAUACUUUGUUUAACACGUUGUGCUGGCCAACUGACUCGUGGCCGGACACAGAAAGAGUAGAGGCACUGACAACGUUUAUUGACGGAAUUGGUAAACUACCCCAGUCUGACACAUCUGACGAUGGCGACAAAGUUGCCUUUUCAGCUGCAAAAAGAGACAUCUUUCUCCGAAAAGUUGAAUCGAUCAUUUGGACACAAUGUUUACCACUUCUCUUGAAAGUUUCUAACGGAGACGGGGCAUGCAAAGGUAAACGUGUGCAAGAUGGAAGGGCUGAAAUCACCAUCGCUGUGUGCAGGCUUCUUUCUGUCUGCAUCAACACACUGUGUGACGCGGCAGUUUCGGGGCGAGUCGCCCGCGCUGUCCUGCCAUCCUUCCAGCGGGCAGACGGGGAGACAGAGGAAGAGCUUCCCGGACAGGGUGAGGGGCGGCUGGGUAUCGACGUGGCUAUCGAAGCCAUGUCAGUCAUCCUACCCACUCUCUCAUCCAACGAAGAAUUGACCACGUCGAUCCUCUCAUCUGCCCUGUCCUGUAUCAGGACGUUAUCGGAUACUCUGGUCUCCAAAAUCACCGUUCGGCUUAUUUUCACUCUCCUCAACUGCUACAGCGAGGAUGGGAUAGCGAGUAAACUCCAGUUCAUUUUAGAGGAUUUGUGUAGCUGGCACAAGAGUGACAGCUCAAACACGGACUCACCUGUGGUGACAGAACGCACUUUGCUGUGUUUAACAACUCUCUCGGACUAUCUCUUCUCUCCGGCUAAACUACAGCAACACACCCUUCCUCAAAGUCUGAGCUAUACUCGACCAGACCCUCGUCGUUCUCUGCAGUUCUGGAGGAUUCUACAAGAUGGACUGACGCACAAAGACAACGUGUCCCGGAAGCGGGCGUUGUACCUACUGAAAAGGUGUGUCGCUCUGUCAGAGGAUAAGGCGGUUGACUUUCCAAGCAGUUCAGUGUCAAGUGAAGUUAAUGAGGAGAUCAUAUUCAGAUGGGCCCCAGACAGAUGCAAGCUGCUCAGAGAGUUCUGGGAGGACUAUGCCUUGGUUAUGGAGACACUGGAGGAGAACCAGAUUCAUGUGGUCCGCCCUGUGCUCAACAGAAUCCAUACGUUGAUCCAAACAGCAGCGAAUGAUAGUCAAGGCGUCAGUCUGUUCCACCCGUCAUGGCUGCUGGGUGUGUACCAGCGUAUGUUCCACAGUGAGAACAAGUCCGUGAUGAGAGAGGGAGUGGAUCACCUGCUGGAACUCCAGGUGCUCCGACGUCCUGCCUUCGCCCUGGCCUUCUCACAGUUCAUUGUGGGUCCUUUUAUGGAUGUGAUGUCUGAAAGCUCCCUCUUUCACAGGACUGCAGGACAGAGUGUAGGAGAGUGUCCUGAGCUGGGAGGCAAGCUGCAGGUCUUCAUGGUCACGUUCUUCAGCAGCCUGCCACAGGAAAACAGAGGUCCUGUGUUGCUGCAGCUUGUUCAGCGGCUAGGUUCUCAACACUGGUGUGCUGUCCCCAUCCUCUUCCUCUCCCGGGCCCUGUCCCACCUUCCUCCCUGCCCUCUCCUGGGCCCUGACGGCCUGCAAGCUCUCAGGGAGGUGCUGCGCUGCACUAUGAUCACCCACCAGGUGCUACUGAGAGGAGCUGCCCAGUGUUUCCUGCUCAACACUGCCCUCUCCCUGACAGAUGUGACCUCAGUGACGUUGGAUGAUGUGUUUAGUUUGCUGCUGCAUUUCAGAGCAGACGAGUCUCUACGUAGAGGAACACCACUCUGGAAUCAGCUGUGUGACUGGCUGGCUGACAGUGAAGGCAGCUUCAGGCCCUGUGUCAGAGAACCAGCUGAUGGUACCAGUACCAGUACUUCUCCAGAGAGAGAGACUGUGAGAGGCUACGUCCAACACCAGAUGGAGUUCUUCCUCAGAGUCCCGGCUACCUCAGACCAGACAGACAGUGUCCCAGACCCAGGAGAGGCGGAGCUGCUAGCCAAGGCCAUCCUACUGUGUGUUGACAUAGAGGGGAGGACUCAGAGGAGGUCUGGAGGAAAGGAGACUACUGGUGUCAGCGGUGGGAUGGACUCGCUCUUACGCCCCCUACUGGACACACUGAGCAGGCUCCACACUAAUGUCUACCUGCCGCUACGCAAGACUGACAAGAGCCUGCAGCUGCUGCUACGAUUACUGCAGCUCAUACCAGCCAGACACACCCCUGCUGCAGUAGAGAAAGAACAAGAGGACAGUGUGACGGUCUCCAUGGAGACGCUGGUUCUGGGCGUGGUGGAGCCCAUUCAGGAGUUCAUCCUCCGAAGACUGAGUGGAGAACUAAAGGAGCUAUGUGAUGUAGAGCGUGCUGAGCUCUACCUGUCAGUGCUGAAGGAGGUGGUGCUGAUGUACAGUGUGUUAGAGUGGAACCACUCCAAGGUACAGGAGGCCUAUUUCCCCAGACUCCUCAGAUACGUCCUGAGGACCCUAGAAGCUGACCAGAUCCCCUCUGUGGCAGGUCAGGUGUCCAGGGCGGUUGCCAUGGCGUCGUUGGCCAUGACCUGUGAGGUUGCAGCGCUGGGAGUGUUCAACCUCCAAUCAGAGACCACGAUUCUACUGGUCCAUCUGUCUAGCUACUUCUACUCCCCUGCUCCACUCCCAGCCCCUCCUCUCUCUCUGGUCAACUUCAACCAGCGCCUGCUGAAACCUCCAACUGCAGAUCCGUCAACAGGUGUUUCGGAGCAGGGUCCUCUCCUCAAGGACUGGGGCCGUAUGGCAGCUCAUUUCAUCCGGGACCAGUGGACGUGCCUGGGCUACGGGAGGAGAAUAGGCCCACCCGGGCCCCUGGAGCUCCCCAGGGCAUCAGGGUCCCUCCAGGCUGCUAUAGAGGCUCUGUCUCUGCUACCCAGUGGCCUGGUACUGCCUGUACUGGACUUCAUGGCCUCCAUGUUGCCACAGGUGGCGCUGUCUGAUGAGGCCCUGUGUGUAGAGGCUGUGACUGUCUCCUGGAAGCUGGUGCUGGGACUGAGCAGUAACCCUCAUGACUUCUGGCCCACCCUGCAGGGCUUUGUGACCAUGGCCUUUCACCACAGCCUGCUGGAGUUAACAGAGCAGCAGGCACCUGGGCUCACUGAUACUCUACAACAGAUAGCCGUCGAGUUGAUGGAACUCUCCCAGGCCAAGACCGGUGUAUUCAACGUUCUGAUCCAACACUGCUGCCACACCUGGCUGCCCUCUGACCCAGGAAGUGACGGCGAGAGCCAAUCAGAUGCCAUGUUCUCCAGUGCCCUACUGCACCUUGACAUCCUGGCUGAGGCAUGUGUGUAUGGACCUGUGUUCAGGAGGGACCAAAGGCUGAUCCAGGAGGUCCAGGUCUAUGUGGAGAGGCUUGGAGAGGAGUGUGCUGCUAACACUGCAGUCCCCAGUGAUAACCGGGAUGACCAGUUCCCACGUGUGUGUGUCGUGGCGUUCCUCAGCCGCCUCCAGCCCUCUAAUCAGCUGCAUGAGAGACUGAUGGAAGAACUGGUUCUUCGCUUGCUGAAAAAGGAUGAGGCCAUAUCGAAGUCAAAACAGCGUUACUAUAGCAACUCCCUGCAGCAUCGUGUCAAGAACAGGGUGUGGCAGACACUACUGAUGCUGCUGCCCAAACUGAGAGGGGAGUUUGUAGGUACCGUUCUGGGUCGUGUGUUUGAGGCAGGUUUCGUCAGUAACCAGGCCUCAGUCAAGUACUUGAUAGAGUGGGAGAUGGUUCUAAUCCUAGUCCAGUAUCCUGAACACAUAGACCGUCUCUGGACCUGCUUCAGUGUGGAUCAAGAGAAGACCAAGACCAGUGUCUGUACCUUCCUGUCUGUGUUGGUCCACCUCAACAUCAUCAUGCCUCAACUCAAGGAGAAGGCAGUACAGUGGCGUAAGGCCCUGGAUGUUAUUCUCCAGUGGUGUUUCAGCCAUAACUUCAGUGUUCGUCUGUACGCCCUGCUGGCCCUGAAGAGGGUGUGGGGUCUGGAGGGGGCGAGGGCCGAGGCCGAGGAGGGGGCCGGGGGGGAGGAUGGGCUCGGGGGGCUGGCCACCGUCGUUAAGGCCUGUCUGCACCAGGCUGAGGCUAUGCAGAGUACUGGAAAUGCCAAUAAGAACUGGACCAGGAUUCAGGACCACUUCUUCUUUGGUGUCUUUCAUCCUGUUAGAGACUAUAGUGUGGAAACCAUAUUCUACACAUUCCCCAGCCUAUCGGAGGUGUUUGAGGACGAGUGGAUUCCGCCCUGGAAGUUUGAGAAGUUGGUGGACUUUUCCCAGAAUGCAUCUCUCCCGUUGAGGAACCCUGUCCCUGACCUGAGCCAGAUUCAGCCUGGAGACUGGAUCCAGCAGGAUAAAGGGGAUCAGGAUGGUGAGGAGCGCUGGGCCGAGGUCCAGAAGAAGAUGACCCCCUGGAGGUUGGGGAUCCAGGAACAGGAGCCAGAGCUGGGUCUGGUGCCCCAGCAGAGAGCAGCACGCCUGGGCAAGCUGCACAGUGCCCUCCUGGUGGUUGCCUCGCUCAUAGACAAGCCCACCAACCUGGGAGGUCUGUGUAGGACGUGUGAGAUCUUCGGGGCCAGUGGUCUGGUGUUGGACAGUCUUCGCCACGUCAGUGAUAAACACUUCCAGGCCCUGAGUGUCUCCUCUGAGCUAUGGCUCCCCCUACUGGAGGUGAAGCCCGUAGAACUAGCUGACUUCCUGCAGCUGAAGAAGAGGGAGGGCUACUGCAUUGUGGGAGUGGAGCAGACAGCCAAUAGUCAGAGUCUAAAGGACUAUAGGUUCCCUGAGAAGACUCUGUUACUGCUGGGUAAUGAGCGUGAAGGUAUCCCAGCUAACCUGCUCCAGCUGUUGGACGUGUGUGUGGAGAUCCCUCAGCAAGGUGUCAUCCGUUCCCUCAACGUACACGUGAGCGCCGCCCUGCUGGUUUGGGAGUACACCUGCCAGUACAUGUCCUCUACUGGAGGGAAGUCAGACUGAAACAGGGAGGGACGACCUGGACUUGUCCGAUAAGAAACAAACAUUUUCACUCUGUUGAAAAAUGUUUUUUGAAAAAUGUUCCAUUGCGUGCACUAAUGAACACAACCCUAGUGUGGGGGUAAAGCCGCCAGUACCUGCCCCCGCCGCUGCGGAGUAGGGUGAAGUUGCCCCUUAACAUUUUAGUCAUUAAGCAGAUGCUCUUUUCAGGGCGAUUUACAGUAGUUAGUACAUACAAUAUCAUACUGGUCCCCUGUGGGAAUCAAACCCACAACCCUGGCGUUGCAAGCACCACGUUCUACCAACUGAGCUACACGGGGCCUUUCUCCACUAAUGGUUAAGGUUAGAAUUGGGGCAGGGGAAGCUGGUCCUAUAUAUGUACCUACAGGCAACUUCACCCCAGACCUAGUGAAUCUGCUGUGGUGAUUGACCCCUCUCUGUAACGCCCUAACCCUGCUGGUGUGGGUGUACACCUGGCCAUUACCUCCCCCCUACUGGCCCUGCUUCUGGGGUGACCUCUGAACCUGGAACCUGGAACCUCUUUGUGAUGAAGUGUGAAGUUGCCCCUAGGCACAGAUCUAAGAUCAGCUUGAAUGCCCUCCCCAAGUCCUAACCUUAACCAUUUGAGGGGAAAACAUGCCACUGACCCAACAGAAACCCAGUGUCAACCCUACUUCAGGCCUCUGAGAUCUGGUCAUGAAGGAAAGGAGACAAGGCGUCUAGGAGACUAGGAGAGGAAUCGACCUCAUUACUAUUGAUAUGUUGUUCAAACCAGAGAGUUUCUUGUUAUGGUCAAAGUCCCACCUCAGGCAGGUGUCACUCAUCAAAGGAGAAACCAUUACUUAACUCUUCCAUAUGCUGUGAACAUAAGGUCACAGUUUCUGUGUUUUGUAGAAUUUUUAAAAAUGAAUUUUAUCCUUUUUUUUUACCCAUUUAAAAUGCAGCCUUAACCCUCCAAUGGGCCAUAGAUGUAGAGAAUGGAUGUUAGUCUUACAAGUGGUGACUUGUUAUUAGACCUAGAACCCAUCUCAGAUCCAUUGGAGGUUAUUUCCGCUUUAGCCGUGGCUAGAUAUUACAUUAGAAUAUGCCAAUGUCGUUUGGACAGGGUCAUGUUUCCAAAUCCUUUCCCAGGAAAGCAGCAGACACUUGAUUUUCCCCGAGUCCAAAUGAUUUUUUUUGGAGUGGAGAAAGUAAUGCAUCUUUUUAAACAAAUAAAACAAUUAUUUCGUAAGAA